AUUUAUAUAAUAGUGUCACAAUAUACGUACGAUAUACUUACUACAUGCUGUUCGAACGAGUUUCCUCAAUAAAUGACUUCAUUUAGAAUAAUGAAUUGCGUUAAAAUAGUAUAGUGUAGAGCUCGAGUCACGACACUCAGUCUAAUCUCGUAGGUCAAGUUCACAAUGUGUUUACUUAUGUAGGUACAUCAUUAGCAAAAUGUGAAAAAACCUCAGUGUACAUGCCGCUUCCACGCGGCGAGGACUUUCAAAUAUUGUUAUAGUUUUUUUUACGCAUUUUCUGAAAUGUUUACGGUGCUUUUCAUGAUCUGUUUACGCGUGGCGUAUAGUGCUAGUGAUGAAAGUGAUUUAGGAUAUAGUUUGAGUAUAGGGAAUGCUAUAAAUGUGUUUGCCAAUUACGGCGACCUGUCCCAAGUAACCCAAGUGAUCUCAGCCGACUAUGACGACGAAGAGGAGUUCCCAGAGCCCUUCAGCGAGAAGAACAUCAAGGUCUUCCUCAAUGUGAGCAGCAAAGAAACGCCGGGCGAAGACCGGGUUGAAAUGAACAUCUUACUGUGUGAGACCUUUGAUGAGUUGCUGGAUGGAUACUUCCAGAACUUUCAGAUUGAGGGAACAGACAAGCCCUGGAAAGCCUUCAUGGGCGACUGGAUCCAGGACGAAAUCAUGCGCACCCUCGGCAUAGACGUCGACAACUUGCGCGACAACUGCUGCUACGUGCUUCUCAAGCUGUCAAAAGUGCACAAAACCGUCAAGGUUGACAGCUUGGAACACGUGACUGUCAAGAGCUAUGUGGAGAAGGCGAUGAGCGCCAUGAAUGAGAGCGAUGUGGCGGAUAUCCGGAAGUUUAUGAGGAGUUAUGGGACGCAUUAUAUAGAUUCUUAUGUGACGGGGAAUUUUGUGUAUCAGGUGUUCAAGUUUAAGAGGUACGGGUACAACAUGCUGCGUUCGUACGUGCGGGACCGGAAACAUCACACAGACAACUCGGACAGACUGAGGUCCCACUUCGCCUCUAACUUCCUCAGACAAGUGGGGGAUAUUAGGAUAGCAAGCGGUAAAAAAACCAUAGAAGCCUGGGCCCGACGGAACCUCUUCGACAGCCAGUACCUCUACUACCGACCAAGUUUACUUCGCCUCUUCUACAAUAACGCUCUAAUCCUUGCCCUCAAUCGUAUGCUAGACGACGGAGCCCUGCUAGGGCUGUCUCUUAAGACCCUAGCGCCCUUGUUCAAAGAUGAGGAGAAGAGGAAAAGAUAUCUAGAGGUGGUUGAAAAUGAUAUCAAGCUUUGGGAGGUUAAUGCUUGA